GUCACUAUCGCUCAUCCCAUACGGUUCUGCCUGCCAUCCGUUCCGCGACAUCAUCGACUCUAAACACCCUCUUCUGAUGCGUGUGCGUACCGCCCGCUCCGCUACCGAUACACCGAUCCGCCUAGACCUACUCGCAAUCAGUGCAAACACACUGACUGAUACGACGUCAUCAACGUACCGAGUCUUCAACCUCCAUCUGUUGUUGUUACCCUUGGCCCCCGAACCGCCCGCGCGAUUGUUGAGCUGUGGUCGAGAUUUGAAUCUUCUACCACCACCAACCAACUGCUGAUUCUGUGCCGCACGCGAUCAGUUUCGCACCAACAGUCAAGCAUAACGGUUUCGUUGCGCGACGCACCUGACAAGCGGGGACACAGACAACCGUUUUCGCACAAGAUGGCAUUCAACAAGGACGAGAUGCAUGCACCGAGCUGGAUGAAUCGUAGCUUCUUCGAGAAGGUGUUGCGUCACGCGGAACGGGACAGUUCGCUGGUGGUGCAGGACUUCCGCAUCCAGCCCGGUACGAAGCCCGGCGAUCACUUUGCGAGUGUGAUCUUUCGCGCGAUCGUACGCCACAGUGGUUCGGGCGGGGAGGUGUCACUGAUCGUGAAGACGCUGCCGGCCGAGGACGGGCUGAAGAAAGAUAUCCUGAAGGAUGGGUACGUGUUCGAGACGGAAACGCUCAUGUACACGACGAUAGUGCCGGCGAUGCAUCGGCUGCUGCAGUCCGUCGGCGAUCAGACCGUGCUUGGUGCGAGACUCCUUUACCACGAAAACGAUCCCAUGUGGGUAAUGGUUUUCGAAGACAUCACCAAACGUGGUUACGAAAUGAAGACGAAGCAGCUCGAUUUGGAAGAGUCAAAAAUCGUUUUCGGCAAGGUGGCCCGCUGGCAUGCCGCCUCCAUGUCACUGAUCGAUACGCAUCCGGAAAUGAAGAAGCUCAACAAAGGCGUCUACAACCUGUUCGAGGAAAACCAUCAAUUCCUGCAAAUGUGGCAAAGCAACAUUGUACAGCUGUCCAAGAUCGUGAAGGAAAUGCCCGGGCUGGCACAGUACUCCGAGCGGAUUGCAAACGUGAAGGAAUCCAUCUUCAAACGUGCCUCAGCCAUCUACACCUACGAUCCAACGUCCUACGUGCACGUGCUGAACCAUGGCGAUUGUCACUUUAAGAACAUGAUGUUUAAGCGGACCUCCGAGGGCAAGCUUGAUGAUAUUAUGCUGCUUGACUUCCAGCUCAGCGUCUGGGGUACGCCAGCGAUCGAUCUGAUCUACGCCAUGUACAACUCGGUUUCGAUCGAUACCCGCGAACAUCACCGUGAUGAGCUGAUCAAAUUCUACCACGAGGAGCUUGUUGCAUGCUUGCAGAAGUUCGGCUAUCUUGGCAAGCUUCCCACACUGCUGGAGAUUCAUCUGGAAAUAUUAAAGUGUGGACAUUUGGAGUUCCUGCUCGCGGCUACCUUCGUGCCAUUUAUGUGCGUAGAAAUGAGCGAAAUCAUGGAGAUACCGGAGAACGGGGAAGGCUUUGAAAUGGACUUUGCCGACAUUGACAAAAUGAUGGAGAGCUUCAAGCAGUGCUUCCUCACACCCGUCUAUGUUGAUUUCAUUACGAAAAAUCUACCGAAGCUCGCCAACAAAGGUCUGCUGGAUUUAGAAUGAACAUGCAGCCCCCGAUCGGAUCUCCGUACACGUUCGUUCGUUUUGAGUUUGCUCUGUUAAGGGAAGGAGAAUGCAGCAAAAGAUUCAAAUAUAUAAUUAAGUGUUAUGUAUUAUUCGCUCACCGUAAUACAAAGCGAAGGGACUCGCCAUGUAUCACUAAAUAAAUGUUUGAUCCACUGUUCAAAAAGCACAGACGAAUAUAUGGUCCAAUAAGACAGUGAAACAUU